AGCCACACCCAUGUUAACCGCCACCAUGAGGCGUGUGUACUUCUAUUGGGGCCAUGGCUAUUCCAUGAGACAGUGAGUGAUUUGUUUUGCUGCAUGGAGACACUUAACGACCUUUACUCGCUGAUAUCCUGGAUAAUCUCAAACGUUUCACCUCAAGUGGAAUUAGAAUAGAACCCACCGGUCUUCCGAAGUUCCAGGCCCUAUUAGCAGCUUGACACGAGUACGUAAAGCACUCCAAAAAGCAUCAUGGGUGACUUUAAAAACAUUAUGGUGAGCGACGGAGUUGUCAAGGAUAUCAUCCGGCAAGGAGGGCCAACCAAGGUCAAAGCAGGGGAGACAAUUACUGUCCACUGUACGGGGUCCCUGGCAGGCAACCCGCCCAAGAAAUUUUGGAGCACGAAAGAUCCCGGGCAACAACCAUUUUCCUUCGCUGUUGGUUUGGGAAAAGUGAUCAAAGGAUGGGAUGAAGGCUGCUUGAGCAUGUCCAAAGGUGAGAUAGCGCUGCUGAAGAUACGCUCAGAUAAAGGUUACGGCAAAUCGGGCUUUCCAGCGUGGGGGAUAACCCCGAAUGCGGACCUGGAGUUUGAAAUAGAGAUUCUGUGAGGAUGCCUCCAGAGUGAGCACUUCCACAUUAAAUGUGGUCUUUUUAGCAUUACUUUUAUAACAUGUUGUUGUAAGUGAAUGCAUAGAUAUUUAUCUGUAAGAGACAAGUAGUUCUUAGUCAUUGUAACAGGAAAUCAUGUUGAAAUGUCUAAUCAUGUAUUCUGUUAUCCUUAAAAAGGUCGCCUUAAUUCUCCUGCCAUUUUUUGGUUGAAACCCUCCCGUAUCUACAAUUAAAAUCUACAAGUGUAUAGGAACAACAUCCACCCUACCAGCAGAGCUAGCUGUACCCGUCCCCACUCCAUCCCUGUGCCCAACCCUAUCGGUUGAAAAGAGCCACAUCAAUGGACAAUCUUCAUUAAUUUGGUUGGCAGCGAUUCAACCACAGUGCAGACAUUUCACAGGUUCGUUCGCGAACCAGCAAAGUGCAGCUCCCACCAAAGGAGCCCCCGUAUCUGGGAAAAUUGCGCUCUCUCUUUCUCCCGCUUGGGGAAGAUAGAAUAUAUAUAACUAGAAUGAAGUAUCUUUGUAGCUUUACCCCUUGUGCCUUGAAGAUAUUUGGUGCAGGAACACACUACAUAUCAGUACCAUAUAGUACCUCUGACAUUCAGAGGGGUAAUGUUGGCCUAAAUGGAGGCUAAAAAUGUCACAAAUAAAAUUGCCCAAGCUGCUGCCUUUUUUUUUUUAAAGUUUGUCAAAUUUAUUGUCUGAUUUUUCGGAAUAGCAAGACGUUUAGGUACUUACAGUAUAUGCUAAAGUAUUAUUUUGAGGAAAAAUGUGCACAGUGCAUCACUAAAUUAAUGUUUGUCAUUUUGUUGGCAAGCUCUCUGGUUUUGAUGGGUUACAGAUGUACCAAAUCUUUCUUUUAUAGAUCCCUACAUGUGAGAAAUAAAUACGUUGUGAUUCUUGCCAGCUGAGAAGGGUAAUUUCACAGAACAGAAAUGGCCUGCAAAUCCCACAGUGUGUGCAAACAUAAUCAUCUGUGGGUAGUUGUGUUUGUUUUAAAACAUUGUUGCUGAUCAUAAUGCGUGGGCCAGUUUUGUUAUAUAAUAUUGUUUCACCCUUUGCUUGAUGGGAUUUUAUUAUCCAUUUCCCAGAAACGAUUUACACGUCAAGCAUCCAGUUGGAGUGUUUAAUUUUACUUAGGGAGCUUGCUGCAUUGCUAUUAUCAUCCCAAGUGAAGUGGUACUCCGUGAGAGAUUUUUAAAUUAUCUUACUAGAAUUCCUUCUCUGUUUUCAAUAUUUUAUACUUUUGUUUAACAACGUAGCCUUUCUUCAAAAUAAGAAAUAAAAGAGUUUAAGGAUUACGUUACGCAGUGGA